GGAAACAAAAACAAUCGCCCGGGCGCCGCCAUCUUGGGCCGGUUCUCCACACGCCACACGGGUGAAUGGGUAGAUAUGAGAUUACCACGGGGGAGCAGCGGCAGCAGGGCACCGAGGGCUGUUCCGCGCUGCCAGCGACACUCGGCGGGCUCUAGGCACGGCCGCCGCCGCCCGGAGAGAAUCCCUCGGCUCGGCCUUUUCGCCUCGCCAGCCCCUAAGCUGCACUGCUGGAGGGACAAAGUUGGGCUGAGCCGCGCUGCCUCCGCCGCCCGGGAGACCGGAGAGUUGAGCCGGGGUCAGAGUUAGGGGAGAGGGUGAGGAGGGGAUCGCUCCCCGCUCCGCCGUGUGGGAGGCGCGGGGAGAAGGCUCUGCCUCCCCGCCCCUGCCGUCUCCUGCUGCUCGCUCCUAGGAGGAAAAGAAAAAAGAGGAGGAAAAAAAAAAAAAAAAGGCAAGAACUGGAUUGAGCUCGGAGGGGUGGAUUUUGUGGAGUCUCGGUGUGAGCAGCGGCGGGGCGGCGAGGAGGAGAUGUGUCCGUGAGGAUCCAUCCAGGAGCCGUGAGGAGCGAGAGGAGCCCGGCUCCAUCCAGCCUCAGCACCGCCGCCUCCCUUCCAAAGAAGCCCAGCUCUCCUGGAAGCACGAGCAAGGAUCUGCCACAAAGAAUAUACCACCCUCCUCCCCAGCGCCUGGAUACUGCAUUUUUUUUUUUUUUAUUUUUUUUUUUUUUUGUACCCCCUCCCCAGCCACUCUUGUGUGUUUGAAUACCAAAUAUAGCCGCUUGCGGGGGGAGGGGAUGGAAAUCUCCUAGAAGAAUUGGAAAUCUUGCCGGGAUUCGGGAGUGCUGGUGCUGGAGAAGGGCGGUGAAGACGGGGGGAUGCACUGCUCUCGCUGCCUGCCCAAGGACUAGAGAUUUGCCUCUUCCCGGGGAGCCCGAAGGUUUGUUUGUUCCCAGACUGUUGUUUCCCUUUCCUGGGCUACGCUAAAUCCCUCAGCAUUUAUUAAAGAAAACCCACGUGUAGCUGGUGGCUGGUUUUUAAGGUAGUUUUUCAUCGACAAACUGACAAAAACUUCCUCUCUUCGCCCCGAGCUUUGGAACUGGAAUGGAGCUGCUUUUCUCCCAAACACUACACGGGGUGUGAAGGGGGGAGGCAGGACGAAAACAUCGCCUUGGACUGAUCCCGAUCCGACCCCCCGACCCUCGCACCCACGAGGGAUGAUCCUUCACGGCGCCUGAUGUGGAAAACACUUGGAGACUCAGAGACUUCGUCGUGCUCAGCAGCUUAAUCGUUGACUUGUUUUGGUUUUGUUUUUUGUUGUUUUUUUUUUUAAAGUGGAUUCGUAGCAUUACUUUUAUGAAUUGAAUUUUGCCACCGUUUGUACAGAAGCCAAAUGACACGUGUGUUUUGAAACACCGUUCCAAAUAUAUUUAUCCCUCCCUCAACCCGGAUUCUCUCUAGAAAGAGCCGCGGGGAGGUCAUCAGUGUCUAAACAAACCUGAUUUUUAGUGUUUUAUGAACACUACUUGCUGCAGAAAUGUUGCUAUAAAUUGCUUUAUAAAGGUUCAGCAAGAAGGGAGAUUUUUCCAGCUUGCAGGACCCAGAAAACUGGAUACUUAAAGUCACUUAAAUGUUUUAACAGCAUUGGAAAAUGGGAGCUGCUACUAAGUUGGCGUUCGCUGUUUUUCUUAUCUCUUGUUCAUCAGGUGCCAUCCUGGGCAGAUCAGAAACACAGGAGUGCAUCUUCUACAACGCUAACUGGGAGAAGGACAAAACCAAUCGCAGUGGCAUCGAGCCCUGCUAUGGUGACAAAGAUAAAAGGCGACACUGCUUUGCUACCUGGAAGAAUAUUUCUGGAUCCAUUGAAAUUGUGAAGCAAGGCUGCUGGCUGGAUGACAUCAAUUGUUAUGACAGGAAUGAUUGCAUAGAGAAGAAGGACAGCCCUGAGGUGUUUUUCUGUUGCUGUGAGGGCAACAUGUGCAACGAGCGCUUCUUCUACUUCCCGGAGAUGGAGGUCACACAGCCAACUUCCAAUCCUGUUACACCGAAGCCACCUCUGUUCAACACCUUGCUCUACUCCUUGGUGCCUAUCAUGGGAAUUGCAGUGAUUGUGCUCUUCUCCUUCUGGAUGUACAGACACCACAAGCUGGCCUAUCCUCCCGUGCUUGUUCCCACCCAGGAUCCUGGGCCUCCCCCACCAUCUCCCUUGAUGGGUCUGAAGCCGCUGCAGCUGCUGGAGAUCAAAGCCAGGGGGAGAUUUGGGUGUGUGUGGAAAGCUCAGCUGCUCAAUGAAUAUGUUGCAGUCAAAAUAUUCCCCAUCCAGGACAAGCAGUCGUGGCAGAACGAGUAUGAGAUCUACAGCCUGCCCGGGAUGAAGCACGACAACAUCCUGCAGUUCAUCGGCGCCGAGAAGCGCGGCUCCAGCAUCGACGUGGACCUGUGGCUCAUCACGGCCUUCCACGAGAAGGGCUCCCUGACAGAUUUCCUGAAGGCCAACGUGGUGUCGUGGAACGAGCUGUGCCACAUCGCCCAGACCAUGGCGCGGGGCCUGGCCUACCUGCACGAGGACAUCCCGGGGCUGAAGGACGGCCACAAGCCAGCCAUCUCCCACAGGGACAUCAAAAGCAAGAACGUGCUGCUGAAAAACAACCUCACGGCUUGUAUUGCUGAUUUUGGUCUAGCUUUAAAGUUUGAGGCUGGGAAGUCUGCAGGAGACACCCAUGGACAGGUGGGCACCCGCAGGUACAUGGCUCCAGAGGUGCUGGAAGGUGCUAUCAACUUCCAAAGGGACGCGUUCCUGAGGAUAGACAUGUACGCCAUGGGCCUGGUGCUCUGGGAACUGGCCUCGCGCUGCACGGCCGCCGACGGCCCCGUGGAUGAGUACAUGCUGCCUUUUGAGGAGGAGAUUGGCCAGCACCCCUCCCUGGAGGACAUGCAGGAGGUUGUGGUGCACAAAAAGAAGAGGCCUGUCCUAAGGGAGUGUUGGCAGAAACAUUCUGGAAUGGCCAUGCUGUGCGAGACCAUCGAGGAGUGCUGGGAUCACGACGCCGAGGCGCGGCUGUCGGCGGGCUGCGUGGAGGAGAGGAUCAUCCAGAUGCAAAAACUCACUAACAUUAUAACAACAGAGGACAUCGUGACUGUGGUCACAAUGGUGACAAACGUUGACUUUCCUCCCAAAGAAUCCAGUCUAUGAUAGUUGCACUGGUCAUGGAAGUGACCACAGGACUCUUCACUGGAGCUGCUACAGCGCACGGACUGCUGGGUCACUGCUGUUCCGGGUGCAAGGACGGACGGUAAGUCUCUCUGGAGCCUCACCAAGGGGGCUUUGUCCUUUGUUUUCCCCCUUCUCCUCCUCCACGUGGAUCCAUGAGACUUUCUGCAUUCCCUGCUUACACCUGAAGGACGUGACUGAGAACCCCUCACGUGCUGAUAAGGAACUUGCAAUGAAGAAUCCGGACCUGAACGGGCUAAUGAGCAUUUUAAACACUGACAUCCGAUUUCUUAAUCCCUGUCAGAAGAGACUAAUUCCUUUAAAUGAACUACUGUUAUUUUUUUUAAAAUCAAAAACAUUUCAUUUCAGAUUUAAAAACAACAAAAAAAAAAGGGUAACUUGUUUUUAUUGCAUUCGUUGUUGUUUAUAAAAUGACUAUUGUAAUGCGACUACGACACAGCUUGUGAAUGUUCCGUGUGCUGCUGUUCCGUGUACAGAAACAAGAGUAAUCAAUGGGAUAGAGCAAAGAGGCUUCCAAGUAUUACUUAACCUCCCUCAACCAGGUAUACCUCAGUUCCACCUCGCUAAAUUAUGAUUGACAACACUAAUUGGAAUAAUAAACCGCUCGGUGUUUUGUAAAUGAUGUAUUCCCAAUUCCCUGUGUUAUUUAAGAAGGGGAAGGCUUCGUGCCCCCAGGAAGUGGCCAUUCCUAGAGCCGUGUUUUUAGCCUUUUCUUGUACUCGCUUGUUGUGUAUAAAAAAGAAAAAGUGCUGUUUAUUGAAAGAAAAUUUCCUUCCUCUUUUAGUUGAAAGCUUUUCCCUCCAUUUCCCAGAGUAUCUCAUCCAUUUAUUUAACUGAAUACUAUUUAGGUUUGCUGUGUCUGAGGAAUAUUUGAAACCUUAAGCAUGACUUUUCUUUUUCCUUUUUUUUUUUUUUUUUAAUUUUUUCUGAGCUGUGACACUGGAAAGCUCUGAAUUCUUGUUGUUUUUUUGAAAGAGUCUUUUUCCUAUUUAUGUUAGUGCCGAGGUCGCCGCGCACUCCCCGUCGCAGGCAGUGGGGGCUGUGUCACUGUUUCAGGAUCACCUCAGGAAGCUCAGUUCCCCCUUUCCUCACCUCUGCUGGAGACUGGCAGCUUCCCUCCACUCCAAGCUCGCUGCCAUCGCAGGGGGUGCAGCUCGCUGCCUGUGAGCCACAGGUUGAGCCUGGAGUCACACACAAAGUUCCACCCGCAGAUUCCAGAUCCCAAAUGUUACAAAUUUCAGGGAUAACCCAGUUCUGCUCACAACAUGCAAUGACCAUUCCGAGGUAACGAAAGGAAUGUCAAUGUCCAGACUCACAAAAAUCGAGGAAAAGCAUGGAAAUGGCUUCACAACUCCAGCAGUGGAGUUCAGGAUGUCAAGCCUUCUGCUGGAAUUACAGUAGCUGGGUGCCAAAGUGCUUCUCCCAAAUCCUGUCCCACUGCAUUGAUUGGAUCCUUCACACCAAAUUCCAAGGAAGAUAAAUGUUGUAACCCCAGGAGUGCAGUGCCAGCAGCGGCCCGUGGUGUGCUGUGUGUCCUUGUCUCCGUGUGUCCUCUCCAGUGUCUCUGGAAAGCAGCAGGUGGGAGCUGCUGAAGGCUGGAACCCAGAUCUGGGAACUUCUCUCUGGGAAUAGGGGAUGUGAUGGAUAAAGCAGAGCCAGCUCUGGGCAGGGAGGGAGGAAGGGCUGAUGUUCCACUGCCUGAGGAUCCCAGUCCAAGGAGCCCUUGGGAAAGGGAAAGAAAUCCAGAGUGUGGGGUCCUUUCGGCUGGACACUUCCCUUUGGCUUUCAUUUCUGCUUCACUUUAAUUAAACUUCACACAGAGCAGGACAGGCUGGAGUUGUGAACAAAUCCCACCCCGUCCUUCUCCACAGACACCUCGGGGCUUUUGACCCUCCCGGGCUGUUCCCAUUCCGUGCUGGUGGAGAUCCGAUGCCAAAACUGAAGCUGUAUCCGAGUCCCUGCUGUGUGUGCCCCUCCCCAUGGAGCUGCUCCUGCCUUUGGGAUAUCCCUGCUCAGUUCCUGUUCACUCCCAGCUGCCUGGGAUUUCCCAGCAUCAUGUAGCGUUCCUGAGGAGAGGCUGCUCCUCCCAAAGCUUUGGAAUGGGUCAGAACGAUCUCUGCUCCAGCCGUGCCCCCAGGGCCUUGGGAGUGAAUUCCUGUUUUGGGAAUGUGCCAGGGAGGAUUCUGGCAUUGUUUGGGCAGUGCCCUUUGUCCCUGCCAGGCCUCACCAGGUGUGGUUUUUAUCAGUGAGGAUGACAAGUUCCUGUCCCAAGUCCUCCAAGCUGCUGGAGGGGGUUGAACCAGUGCUGGUAUUCCCAAGCUGGAAUCCCCCAGGACCCACAGGGGUGUAGCUCUCAAACCUCAGUGUAACCAGUGCUGACACCUGUCCUGCUCCCAUCAGCAUCCACACAAUCAGUCAGGUCACCCCCUCUCCUCUUUUCCAGCUUUUUUAACCUUUUUUAAGGCAUUGCUGUUAAUCAGGAACACUUGGUACAAAACACAGGAAGCUGCAAUACACAUCCCUGGGCAAAACGACUCCAGUAGCAUCCUUGAUGGAACAUCUGUUACCUCAGAUACUCAACCAGCAGGACUGCUUUGCUUUCUCCCUCCCUUUGUUUUUUUCAGUCCAUCUCCUCCUCGUUACCUCUCGAGUUUGGUGAGCGAUUACUUUGACUUUCCUCUUUGUAUUUGUCAGUGUUUUGGGCACAGGUUGUUGUACUACUGUCAAAAGGCACUUGCUGCUUUUCUGCAAGUGCCAAAAAAACCAACCAACCCCCCCUCGCCCUCAAUAAAGUGAUUGUUAAAUAUUGUACAAAUACAAAUGUAUACUCUGCCCUCUUCCCCAGCGGGAAAAUAAAAAAUGUGACUACUCUGA